AUGGAUUUCAAUCCCCCUCUGGUCGCCAAGAGAUCUCCGGCGACGAAGGUUUCCUUGCAGUCUGUGCUAGAUUUUCGAGAGGAUCAAGCGCUCCAGCAGCAGCAGCAGCACAGGAUCGAGCCAGGCACACAGCCGAAGGGAAAAUCUGAGGAGUCGAAAGGAAUGGAUUUGGCUAUUUUUUUGGGAAGUCUCAAGCCCCUCCAGGGCGAUACGUCCUUGAAGAAAUCGGCGAGGUGGGAGAAGAUGAAAGAGAAGGUGGCUCGGCGCAGACCUCCAGUGGUGGUGGUGGAAGAAAAAAAUCUGGUUCCACCACCUCUCGAGCUAGAACAAGAGGUGGAAGUCCUUCCGAAAGCUCCGGAGGGUCAUGAAGCUACUACUGCUACUUCCGCAGUUGUGAACAACCGGAUUGAUCUCGAGGUGCCGAGCUUGAAUUUUGGAAACGAAUUCUUCCAGAUGGAGGAGACGAAGAUCGAAUCAAGUCGCUCAAAGAUCUCGGAGUUCUUGGAGCGGCUCAAACGAGAGAAGGCGCUGUCUUUGGUUUCUUCGAAUGCCAAGGCUGAGGAAAAAUCCUUGGAAGUUUUCACCGCUAUGCAAGCUCUGGACUCGGCUAGCGAUAUCCAUGGCUCGAACAUCAGUGGUGGAACUCUCAAAGUUUUGAUACGAAGCUUCAGUAAUCUGGAUGUCAUCGAAGGCUCGAUCAAAGUUCUCCAGGAAACGAAGGACUUUGGCUUUCUGCCGUCGACGACAACGCACAGUGUACUCGUCUGCCUGCUGCUAAAGUCUGGAGAACAAGAGAGAGCCAAGCAAAUGCUGGGAGAGUUUCUCUUGGAAGGUUCAAAGCCAUCAGCAGGGAUCUUUUUUACACUGAUCGAUGCGUUUGAAAGAGUGGGAAAUCUCUCGGCCGUGCAUAUACUCUUCCUCGGAAUGCUCCAAAGCAUGGUUCGUGUGAACGCCGACACGACAGAGAAGUUUUUCAGCAUUCUUCUAAGGGCAGGGAUGGCCGAGCAAACUUACACACUGUUCCAAGAGUACCCGAUCACAGGCUCGGACAUUAGAGUGGAGACCGGGAAUUUUCUCAUGGACUGCCUUGGGAAGGCCGGAAAACACAAGUGGUCCGCGAGGAUACUGUCACGCAUGAGAAGAUAUCGUAUCUCCAACGUCAGCUCCUACAACAUCAUGAUCAAGAACUUGGUCAAGGACUCGGAGCUGACAAAGUCUCUCAAGGUUUUUCACAUGUUCGAAGCCGAUCAGCUAUCACCGGACGUGGGAACUUAUCACUACAUCGUCUCUGGUCUGUGCAAAGCCAACAAGACGAAGAUGGCGGCCAUGUACUUCGAGGGAAUGAAGAAGCUCGGGCUCUUACCGGACACCAUGACUUACUCGACCAUGAUCGACUGCUACGGAAGAGCCGGCAAAGUCAACAGAGCUCUGCAGCUGUUUGAAGAGAUGAAGCGGAAAAAUGUCCGUCUCGACACCCGCGUCUUCAACUCGUUGCUCCGAGCGGUCGGGACGUCAUACAAGCCAUCGCUGGUUUACAACAUCUUUCGGGAGAUGCAGUACUUUGGCCAAGUCCCGGACAUAUGGAGCUACAAUCUCCUCUUCUACGGGCUGGCCAGGCGGGGACGAAGGAAAAGGCUUCGCAAAGUUUACCGGGAGAUGAAAAGAGAUGGGCUCAAGCCGGACAUCUACACCUACACAGCGAUCAUACUUUGCCUUGGGAACGCCGGAAGGACCAAGUCGGCUUACAACUUCAUGCAAGGCUUGCUCAGGAAAGGAGUGGAAGUUAACGUAAAGACCUGGAACGCGCUGCUGCGAGGACUCACAAAGGAGGACGUGAUCGAAGUGGCGUUUUCGGUCUACAACGACAUGAAGGCUCGGGGAUUUAAGCCUGACAACACCACUUACAGCCUUCUCCUCGAGAACAGCAUCGCAUUGAGGGACGCGAAGAAGGUGUAUCGGAUCCAGAGGGACUUCAAGGACUCCCGGCUGGAGCCUGACGCUCCAAUGCAGAAGAUAUUGCAGCGCUCCAUCAGUGUUCCACUUAAACAGCGAGGCUUCGCUGAUUCACAGCGCAGCAUUAUGACACACGACGCGGCGACAGACGAACAAACGAUGAAGCAGAAGAAAGACGACAUUGAUUGGCCUCCUCCUGCUCGCACCUUUUCUUCUUCCAGUGGGAGAUGA